CAUUCCCGGAGCGGUUGUCCGUUCACCGCAUCCAUGGCCUUGCAAUCCAGUAUGACUUCGUCCAUGUGCUUACGCUGUUUCCGGCAAUCCCUUCACAACAUCGAGGAAUCGGUAUCAACACGCGCCGCAUUCUCGACAUCGCCGUCGCUGGCAGCCAAUCCUCCCAAAAAGAGCGUCGCUGCGAGACCAGCACCUCGCGAUGGGAAGCAAUUGCGUCUGUCCAAAAACAAGCGCGCCGUAAGCGGGAGACCGCCUGCUGUCGGCGAGCGCAAACAGCUUCGAAAAAGAGUCGUGCUCAGCAAUACGAAUGCGUUGGAGGUGCAAGAUCUGCGCGAUCUCAAUCCGGAGAGAGCCAACAGCGAAGCAUUACGAGAUGUCGAAGGCAGCGUUGUGGGCCUUCAGAACGAGACAGUCGACGCACUCCGCGCACUGGAAGCAUUCAAGCCAACACAGGGAUGGAGUCUGUUUCGAAGGCCGGCGACUCUGGUGCGAAAGGACACGGUCGAGUUGGCAGGGGACGUCGAAUGGGUGGCAGCAGGUUCCAAGGAAGGCCGUACAGUGCGCAAGGUAUUCUACGGCGCACGUGGCAGUGGUAAAAGCGUCCUACAGCUCCAGACACUCGCCGUGGCAUCUCUCCACAAGUGGGUUGUAAUUCAUAUCCCCGAAGCCAAGGAUCUCACAAAUGCCCACACGGCCUACGAACCACACACCACCAAGAAUGGAACGUUAUACAUCCAACCGACAUACACCGCGAAGCUGCUAGACAACAUUUCCAAAGCCAAUUCCUCCCUUCUCUCUAAACUCACAAUCCGACAGCAACACAAAAUCGGGCUCCCCCUCCCACCCGACACAACUCUCGAACGCCUCGCCAACAUCGGAGCCCAAGACGCCGACCUCGCCUGGCGGGUCUGGCAAGCCCUCUGGACCGAACUCCAACUCCCAGACGCCAAGCGUCCCCCCGUCCUCUUCUCCCUCGACGGCUUCGACCACGUCAUGCGCGACUCGGCCUAUCUCUCCCCCGAUCUCCAACCCAUCCACGCCCACGAGCUCGCUCUCGUCAAACACUUCGUCGACCUCCUCUCCGGACGCAGCCGCCUUUCCAACGGCGGCAUGAUCCUCGCUGCAGUAUCCGAAUCCAACCGAGCGAGCGCUCAGACCUUGGAUCAAUGUCUAGAACGCAAUAAUUCCAAGCAAAAGGGAGAGAAACCUCGCGCGUGGGAUCCUUAUAUCGCGCACGACAAGUGGGUGCAACAAACGAUGAAGUCCGUGGGCGUGAGGAAAUUAGAAGGUCUGUCCAAGGAGGAAGCACGAGGCGUGAUGGAAUACUACGCAAAGAGCGGUAUGCUGCGUGCGACUGUGACAAAUCACCUCGUUUCAGAGACGUGGACGCUUGCCGGGGGCGGCAUCAUUGGGCAAAUGGAACAUGGAAGUUUGAAAGCGAGGUUUUGAGCAGGCUGGGGAAACUGAGAGCUGAACCAAGUGAAGAAUUAUAAAAAAACAAAAGAAAUAAUUCUGUACAUUUACGCGCCCUGCCAUGCUCUGCCUUGUACAGACGACACUUUUUACCACUUUUGAUACUGUGAGGUUCCAGGUUCUCCCAAUAGAAA